AUCUAGUCGAUUUUGUGGCCAUGUUCAUUAAUCCCGGUAGCUAUAUAAAUCUUUCCCCAAUAGAAGAAACACCCAUUUCCAUCUCCCCUGAGACUUUGUGGGUGUUGUGUGUGUGAAGGAUCGUAGCUAGGACAGUUGUAAUGGCUGCUCCAGGUUCAGUUCAGAAAUCCGAGGAAGAAUGGCAGGCUAUUCUCUCCCCUGAACAGUUCAGGAUUCUACGCCAGAAAGGGACAGAGCCAAAAUUCACUGGGGAAUAUGACAAGGUUUUCGAAGAAGGGGUUUAUACUUGUGCCGGUUGCGGAACACCAAUUUACAAGUCUUCAACCAAGUUUAACUCUGGAUGUGGUUGGCCUGCAUUCUAUGAGGGUUUGCCUGGAGCCAUAAAUCGUUCUCCGGACCCAGAUGGCAGGAGAACUGAGAUUACCUGUGCAGCUUGUGGUGGUCACUUGGGACAUGUUUUCAAAUGGGAAGGGACUAAGGUGCCAACAGAUGAACGCCACUGUGUCAACAGUGUUUCGAUUAAGCUUGUUCCCGAAAAUUCUGCAUCAAGAAUUUAAGUAUUCUGAAGCUGUCAUCAUUUUUCAGCUGCAUCUGUACUAUUGAUUCCUAGUGUAGUGUUUUGUCUUCGGUGAAGACAAGGUUGGUACACAGUGACUGUUAAGAGUGACUGAAUGAUGUAUGGUCAUUAGUGUUGAUUAAGUG